AUGGGCAAGUUGCGCCGCGGCCAACUGUUCAUCAUGAAACUAGUUCAACGCAUGUCCAACCGUCUUCGGACGGUGGAGAUGAUACUCAGUGAUGCACCCAACCGCGAAAGUGCGCUGGCUUCCACAAGGCCUGUCAAUCCACUACAAGAACCAAUUGGCAGCCUCUCCCAAUUUGAGCAGAUAAACAAUCUCCUACAGGAACCGGCUUAUCGUCAGCAAAUGGCCUCAUACCUACGGUGCUUCGGUGGGCGUGACACUGAGGAUUUUGCACGCCGCAUCUAA